AUGGCUGAAGCACUUUCCCCAAUAACUCGUCAAGUCACCAAAGAAAACCAGGAGCUUUGGGUCCCCUCUGUCGAUUAUCGCCUCGAAGACGUCGAGGACUGUUUAAUUUACGACCGACAUGGAUCCUCUGUUCCGUUCAAGAAUUUAUAUCAAGACAGGAAAUCGGUCAUAAUUUUCGUGCGGAAUUUCUUGUGCUACACCUGUAAAGAAUAUGUGGAGGAUUUGAGCAAAAUACCCAAAGAAGCACUAGAGAAUGCCGACAUUAGACUGGUCGUGAUUGGUCAGUCUGCUUAUCAUCACAUAGAGCAAUUCUGCUCACUGACAGGGUAUCCUUAUGAAAUAUACGUGGACCCGGAGAGGUGCAUUUAUCAAAAGCUUGGGAUGAAGAGAGAGGAGAAAUUUUCAGACUCAGCCAACCCCAGUCCCCAUGUGAAGUCUGGUAUGUUUAUGGGACAAAUGAAGAGUAUCUGGAGGGCCAUGACAAGCCCUGCAUUUGACUUCCAGGGAGACCUGCAUCAGCAAGGUGGAGCCAUCAUUGCAGGACCAGGCUCUCAAGUUCAUUUUUCUCAUUUUGACAUGAAUCGCCUGGACCACAUGCCCAUUAACUGGCUCCUGCAGCUCGCUGGAGUUCAACAGACUCUGGACUUCAGCGAUAAGCCAAAGAUCAUCCAUGUGUAGCAGGCCGGCCGCCUGAAAUCACGCUCCUCCCCACAUCACUGUUAUUAUCACACAUGCAGGGAUCUAUGUGUGUUACAUGUUAAGUUACAUCACCAUUAUGCACUGGCGAAAUGCUACAAAGAGUGUGGGCAACAUCACUCGCUGUAACAGAUAUUUGUGUCGCAGUAUUUCUGAGUCUGUUGUUUAUCAUGUGUGUAAGCUACUGGUUAGCAACUUGACUGCCUCGCCAAAAUCUUGGAUAGGUCUAAAACAUACCGUCUGUGUUAAGUGUAAAAGUUUAUUCUUGACCUUGGAAACAGUAGUUUGACGGAAACAGAGUCUAAACUCGAGGUCUCCUUUCUAGUUUUUCAGAGCUGUCAGUCACAUUUCAUGAGCUGCUGAAGUUGAAAACUCUGGGAAAAACCAGUAAUGUCACUUUUCAACCAACAUUAAAUGGGCUCUGUUCCAGUUUGCGCAACUUAUUCUGAACCAUUUGAAGCAUUCACUCAUUUAUUUUCUGUAACCGCAUAUCCUGCUGGGAGUUGCGUAGGGGCUGGAGCCUAUCCC